GUCCUGUCGCGUGUCGCUGAAUGAUGACGCAGUAUAUUUUGACUGUGUUUUGGUUGUUUAUUUGGCGCCGAGGCGCGAGCGCUGUCAAGUCAGUCGAGCUCUGCUACGGUGGUCUGUUUAUCUCACAGAUGCGCUUUCUCUUACAGCUAAUGGAAUCGACACACAAAUGCGUUGCUAAUGAAUGUGUUUCUGCAAUAUGAAGAAUGGAAGAAGACGAUGUGACGAUUAGAGAGCAGAAUUUCCACAGCCAAGUGCGCGAGUACAUUGUAUGCUUCCUCCUGUUUGCAGUGCUGUACAUUGUAUCGUACUGCGUCAUCUCACGCUACAAGAGAAAAAGCGAUGACCAGGAAGAUGAGGAUGCCAUCGUCAACAGAAUAUCUAUGUACCUGUGUACAUUCACACUGGCAGUGUCUGGAGGGGCUGUUCUUCUCUUACCAUUUUCUAUCAUCAGUAAUGAGAUCCUGCUCUCCCUGCCAAAAAACUACUACAUACAGUGGCUCAAUGGAUCACUCAUUCAUGGCCUGUGGAACCUGAUGUCCCUUUUUUCAAAUCUCUGUCUCUUUGUGCUGAUGCCUUUUGCCUACUUCUUCCUGGAGUCCGAGGGCUUCGCCGGUUCCAAAAAGGGCAUAAAGGCUCGAGUGCUGGAGACGUUUGUCAUGCUCUUUCUGCUGGGUCUCCUCAUCCUGGGCAUUGUAUGGGUGGCGUCCGCUCUCAUCGACAAUGAUGCCGCCAGCAUGGAAUCGCUCUAUGAUUUAUGGGAGUUUUAUCUGCCAUACCUCUACUCCUGCAUCUCUCUGAUGGGAGGCCUGUUGCUGCUUAUGUGUACUCCAGUAGGACUGUCACGCAUGUUCACAGUGAUGGGCCAAUUACUAGUCAAACCCACAAUUUUAGAGGAUCUGGAUGAGCAAAUUUAUUGUAUACAGCUGCAGGAAGAGGCCAUGGAGCGUAGACUCAAUGGUAUGAUGUCAAACUCUUAUUUCCAUGGAAACUCUCAGCUCCAUCUCUACAAAGAGCUGGACAACAUUCGCAAUCAGAGGAACAAACUCGAAAGGAGAAAGAAGGCCUCAGCCUGGGAAAAGAACCUCCUUUACCCCAUAGUGAUGCUGAUCCUGCUUGCUGGAACGGCGAUUUCUGUUCUACUGGUUGCCCUGAACAUUGUGUACUUGCUUGUUGAUGAGACGGCUUUGCCAAAGGGUUCAACGGAAGGAAAUAUUGGCAAUGCCUCCUUAUCCAAAUUUGGAGUUGCCCAGGCAGUUACUGAAAUCAUUCUCAUAUUUUAUCUGAUGGUCUCAUCCGUGGUUGGCUUCUAUAGCCUUCGCAUCUUUCAGGAGCUCACACCCAGAAAGGACGACACUACCAUGACAACGAUCAUUGGUUGCUGUGUAUCCAUUCUAGUGCUGAGCUCGGCCUUGCCUGUCAUGUCCCGAACACUUGGAAUAACAAGGUUUGAUCUCCUGGGUGAUUUUGGACGAUUUAAUUGGCUUGGAAAUUUUUACAUCGUACUUUCCUACAAUCUUCUGUUUGCUGUGGUAACCACAUUGUGUCUGGUCCGAAAAUUCACAUCUGCUGUGCGAGAGGAACUCCUCAAAGCCCUCGGUCUGGAUAAAUUAAAUCUGUCCAACAGUACGACAGAUGCAGAGUCGGGGAAACAUGCUGUCAACGGGCAUCAGAAAACUCAGUGAGAACAAAAUCGAGCCAUUCUCACACAAACUCAUGUGUAUGCAGUUGGCCUCUUCAUUUUAAGAGUACUGUGGUAUUUAGUCAGAGAGUGGAAGUGUUUAGUCUUUGAGAGGUCAACCUACAAUACAGUAGUGUAGUGUAAAUACCUCUGUACCUCACUCCAGAAUGCUUCCAGCUUCACAAAUGUUUCAUUCGGGUUAGAAGUGUUUGUUGAUCAGCUUGUAAAUGCUUUCAUUUCAAUUCUCUUAAGUGAAAGCAUGUUUUUUUUUUUUUUUUUUGCUGAUCUGCACGCCUAAAAGGCCUCCUGACUGCACCCUUCAGUGAGGGAUUAUUAUUAUUAUUUUGAUUUAUCUAUGAUUCUUUCUCUAGUUUGAUUAGGGGAAAUAUUAAGCUGUUUGCCAAGCUGAUCAUUUCACGUUUAAUGAAGGAUGCAUUAGUCUCAGUUAGGGCUUAUAAUUUUCCUCAUUUAUAGUUUGAUUGCAUUUCGUGCCCUCGAAGAUCAGUAUUUUGUAAAGUUAAAUAGACCUUGUUAAAAGAAAUGGGUUUAGUUUGCAUAAAAACAGCACACAAAUGACAUGUUUGUUAAUGACAAGAGAGGCACACACAAUAUUAUUACUAAUACUAGAAGCUACAUUCUCCAAAUGCAGAGUGGUCAAAUUGAACACUGGCAAAGAAAUUGUUGAAGUGAGUCUAACAGAACGUAGAUCUCAAUUUAAGUUAUAGAUGCUUUAAUGCCAAAUUAAAUGGUUCUUAUGCAAAUGGGGCACAUUACAAAUUCAGUUAAAAAAAAUCUACAAGCAAAACGCGAUGGCCAGUCACAAUGACAAAUACUAAUAGUAAGCAGCAGUCUAUAGCUGUCAAAUGUAUUGCUUGAAUUUUGAUGUGUACGUUUGUAAGGAAGUUUAGUAAUCAGAAAACUUGUUGUUCUUUGUCUGCCAUUGCAUAUGUUUACAUUCACUUGGUUAAAAUGUAGAUCAAUUAUUAUUUACAUGUUGAUCAUUAUAAAUGAGGAAGCAUUAUGAUUUUAGUUUCCUCAUGCUUUACUGUGACAAUUCAGGUUUGUUGGACGUGACAGAAUUAAGUAAUGGGAAUUGACGAGGAAACUCCCCGAAACAUGUGCCUUACUCACAAUAUUGGCAUAUACUGGGUAGUAUUACAAUAUUACAAAGAGUGGAGGAGCCUACCUGCCAAAUUUCUUCUUGCACUGCAACUGCUCUUGUUUUCAUUGGUAGGCAAGGUUCAGAUUAUGGGAGUCCCAUUAUUCGAGUCACUACCAACAACCAGCCUAAUAUGUUACUGUGUUUACUUGAACUGGUUGUGGCAGAUUGUGUUUUGGGAUGUUGCCCUCUGCCAGUCACUCUUCGCAAAAUCACCAAAAUGAUUUAACACGUGUAAUGAAGUGUAGUGUAUUGUAGUAGUGUACAAAAUUGAAAAGACAGCAGAGAAAUGCUGUUCUACUGUCGUAGGAGUAAACUGCACCAAAUAUAUGGGAGAAGAUGAGGCACAAUCUUGGGAUAUGCUUCCUGUCCCUGUGCUUAAAUCUGCUGCUGCUUCCUUCACAACAUUGGAUCCUAUACUAUGCUACAUGUACUACGCAAACCGACAGCAUACUUCCAAUAACAUACAUCCUUUUGACUUGGUUUUUACUGCAGAGCUUGUAAGGAUCUAUAUAUUUGCCUUAUUUCAACAUCACUAGCAAACAGCCUUCACAACAUCUAGUCUGUACCUCUGCAGCUGCUUUGCUUUCUGCAAAUGGCAGAUUAUCCAUGAAGAUAUCUGUAUGUUUUUCCACUCACUCUCAUGCUGGAUUUUAAGCCAGUUCAGUCUGUUCAGUCGAACAAAAUACCGGUCUACACAGAUCGGUGGCUAAACUCUUACAUUAUGUAGGAUCUUGAUUAUAAUGGCUGUGAAAACAGGACUGCAGCGCCACAUCAGUCUGAUUCACAUCUAUGAAAGCUUAUUGUGAAGUCCGAGCGGAGUCCGUUGUCAUUACGCGUGUAGAGCGCAGCACGACUCAUUGAAGGGUCUCUUUUGUAGCUAUGAAAUACAGUGUCAUAGAAGCUAUUUUGGUUUGUUUUUAUUUUUGUCUAAAUGUUACUGAUUAUACAGUUAAUGUUCAAUAUGUUAAGUAUAGUUUCCAAACAUUCCCAUUCUGAUGACAAAACCAAUAGGCUAAAAUAACAUCAAAUCAUGAUGUUUUGGCCAGUCCUGACAUUUAUCUUAAGGGUUUAUGUAAAAGCUGAACAGACAUUCUCUGUGCAGUCUUCAGUUUUCAUCUCUUUAACUAUGGCAAGCCUCAUAAUAAUGUAAAUGGUGUAUUUACAUGUAUAUACAGUAUAUUUCUUUGUUUUAUUUUUGUAGAAUGUAGAUAUGAAGUGGCCUUUGAGCCUCGUUCAUACUAUGCUAUCUGUGGAAAAGGCCAGACAGUUAGUCAUUCAGUUGUUAAUUAUACAAAACAAACAAAACAAAUCACCUCUGAUGCCUUAAACAGGCUUUCUAGGCUUUUUUGUUUUUGUCUCCUGUUGUCCAGUAUUUAGGAGACAAGUUAUGCAUGUGUGAGAUGUGCAAGUGAGUGAGACCGAUUAUUAGUUUGUGUACCUUUUUAUUGACUUAUUCACUGUGAAUCCCUCGUGUGAUUGUCAAUAACAUGGCGUACCAAAACGACAGGGCGUAUCUUUUCACUCGAACUGGCCAAAGUCAAAAGAAACUAUCAGGGCACUGAUACUGAAUAUUAAAGUUUGGGCAGAAAUCAUUUUAAGAAAUGGAUUGAGUCUGCAGAGGUCUAGGAUUCACAUGAGGGACACUGGAUUCAAAGCCUGUGGAAAGGACAUUUAAAAGUGGACACCUCAGUGGGUUCUGUGCUGUUGUGUGGUUUUCAUUGUCAUGGAUUUAAAUAUGUUGCAUGUAAAAUAUCUUUUUCUUCCUGUUGAUUUGCACAAGGAACAUUUUGUAAGAUGGUAUCUGGGGAAUAAGUGUAUUAUGUCAAUAGUUGUGUCACUGAAGUAAAUUUAUAAUGUUUUUUCUUUUUUUGUGUGUAUGUGUAUUAUACUUUAAUGUCACAACUUUUAUAAUGCCAGAGCAUCUUAUAUUGUUAUUACCUAUAUAAUACUACAUUCUUUAAUGCUAAAUUCUACUCUUUGGCUUUAAUCGAAUUGGUUUUCAAGGAAUAUUGCUGUUGCUUUAUGCAGGACAAGGUCAAGGACUGGUGUGUCAGUUUGUGUGUUGGGUUUCUCAAAAUAGAGACAUUUGCAGUGAUACACUAAAAAGAACUGAAAGAAAAAGAAUGCAGAUUCAUUCCAUAUUCUAUAAUCUGCUUGUCUGUACAAAAUUGGCACAAGAGUUACAAAAAAUGUAGUACAUCAAAGAUGCUGUGGUAUAACAGUUUAUUAGUCUGUUGAACUGUUGACAGCGUUUCACUAGAAAGUGUCCCGUCUACAUCAAAUAAACUCGUUCGUUCAUGAAUUCUAAUCUUCAGAUCCCAAGGGAAAGCUUAAUUCUAUUUCCAUUUUUUCCUGUUGCUUCUUUUACAUGUGUGAAUGUAUUUUCAGAAUGUUUUCUCUCUUGUGUUUGUAGAGUUUCAUUGCAUAUGUUUGUGAAGCAAAAUGUUCAGAUUGUCUUUAGUUUACUUUGUAUUUCAUUUCAGUUUACAAUAAAGUGACUUUUGACCAUU